AUGGAGACGCCAGGCGCGUCUGCCAACGCGACUUCCUUCUUGCCGUCGCCAGCAGACCUGCUCAUGGCAUUACCGCGCCUCUUCUCCAAGGCCAGUUCUCUCGGCGACAUGAUGCGCUCGGGUGGAAGCGUUAUCGCAGAACCUACGGCCAACAUGACAAACAGCACCAUGACGACUACAGGCUCGGGAUUUGUGCAGGAAUCCAUCGCUGCAGCGGCUUCUGCGAUUUCGACCGAGGGCGAGAUGACCGUGUGGCAAGCUUUGAGGAACGUAGCCGCCUGGUUCAGCUACAUUACUUCCAAAUGGGCCGUCGCAACAUUCGCCCUGGCAAUCGUGCUUAACAGAACCCACUUCUACGCCAACAGCCGCGUUCCGCUUUCCUUCGACCGCCUCUACCUUCGUUUCGCCCUCUACAUCAUGCCCUUGAUCCUCUUCCUCUAUCAGACGCAGAACACUAUACGGGCGAUACGCUGUCAAACCUCCCCAGGUUGGUCAGAGAUGCAGUAUGGAGCGGAUGGUAGGCAGCUGGAUACAGACUUCGGUGGCGAAGGCGGCUUUCUAUGGCAGGUCACGUCCAAGAUACUCUUCUGGGAGACUACAGAGAGCUCAUGUCGAGCUGCGAAUAUGUUGCCCAUCGGUCCGGCGACCACGCGGCCUUCUGGCUCGCUAUCGCUUCUAUGGCCCAUGUUUGUGACACUUGGAUUUGGCCAGUUCGUUGAUACCUUGGCCUGCGCCCUGCAAGGAAGACGCCCCAUUCAGGAAGUCGGAAUGACCAUCUUCGAACAUUCGCUCGCAUUUGCAGAGGCCGAGGCUGUCGUCACGAAGCCGCUAGCGGUCGAUUCCGUACGCUUCUUCAAACCGAAGUCUGUCUUCACUCCGGAUGGCACAUCCUUUACGAUUCCGAGGUCGAAGCUCUCCAAGAUCGCCAAUGUACCACCGGAAGUGCUAUUGAUUUCCCUCAUCUCAAGUUUCAGCCACUUCAUGAGCAACUUGUUAGCGAUUGCUGGAGUGCGCUCUAGAUGGCGACUCGUCACGACAACAAUCUGCGGACUUGCCUACAUGUCAGCUUUCGCAUGGAGCUGUGUUCGUCUGGCAACCAUGGUCACUGAUCCAGACCACUAUGUGGGGAUCUUGAGAUUUCCUACUGUAUGCAUCAUUGGAUUCAUCCCGCACUUGCUGAUACUUGUGGGCAUCGCGAUAUGCGCACUAAUCUACCUGCUGGCCUUCAUCAUCACCGUACUAUCUCCACCUGCAGGACACGCCAACAACUUGUCUCUGAGAGAGAGAUUUGCAUCCGCUUACGGCAAUCUCCAUGCCAACAUUCAUCUGUCCUCAAUAACGCCUUUGACUAUUAAUUGGCACGAAGACUUCUAUACAACUAUACUCAAGGUAGGCUACGUCAUUUUGACAUCCGCCAGUGAAGCCGUGUUUCUCAACGAAGGAACUAAGGUCAAUGUGCACCCAAUGACCUGGCUCGAAAAGCAGAGACUGCAGGAACUGCUCGCUCGGCGAAGAAGAACACGAGAGAUGAUCACCGACAUCCCAUCUGAGCUCAGGAACGACACCUUCGCGCAAGGCAUCGAGGUAGUUGACGAACUCAACGAUGUCAGAACGGACACAUCACUGUCAGGUUAUGCGAAAGAACGUAAAACGCGAGGAGUACAGGCAUCCACUGAACCAACCAUUGGACAAAAUGAUCCUGCGAUUCAACAACGUAGUCGCUACUUGCAGACCUAUCAGUUCUUCUUCCGUAUAUCAAAGUUGAUUAUACUUAGUCUCGCAAGGAUCACGGACUGGGCGUUGACUAAAAUCUCGAUCAGCUAUCGACCAAGAUGGCUACAACGCGCUGUUGGGUUCCACGCUGAUCAUGUUGAUAAAAUGUAUGCUCCGCGACACCCCGAUCAAGCGUUGACAAGAGAGUCAUGGCUCACGGCAGAUGAUCGGUCUCGAAUUCGCCAAGACCGGAAUUUUGACGUUGAAGUCUUUGCGAAGGAGAGGCUCCGACAGAGUGGGUUCUAUUCGGGACCCAAUAGGGAAGAUUCUGAAGAACGUCUUGACGACUACCUGUAUUCCUGGUGGCGCAACGGUAGUCUAUGGAAUGACGUUGACAACACCAGAGACUAUGUUGACUCGCAAGAUGAUGACACGACUAGUGUAGUGUCAUUUGCUACCACAACAGACAACGAUGAGUGGUCAGACAUGGACGACGGUCAAAGAACACCUACGCGUGCAACAUACCAGAGAAGUCGGGAAGCAACACCUAUCCCUGACGACGCAAUGGACUUCUCGAGACUCUCUCAACUUCUGGAUCCGAAAUCUAGUGAGGAUCGUGAAGAAGCCAAGCUGCUGUCUCGCCACCUCCAGAGCUCCAAUAUCAUGACACGCUCGCAGUACCGCAAAGCUCUUGAGCGCGAAGAGGCGAAGAUCCUCACAACAUCACGCUAUAAGAUGAGCGGUGGCGGCGUCAACAUGUCGCCCGAAGAAGAAGAGCAACUUCUGGAAGAUCUUAUUCUCAAUCGUCGGAGCGCAACGGCGCCGCAAGGCGCAAGUACAGCUGGAAGCUGGGACACGGGUGCAGAAGAGCCCAUCAACGCAUCACAAAACGUUUCGUACCAGCAAACCUCUUUCAACACCGCCACCACCUCCCAGCAUGGACAGCGCCGCAGCCUUGACUUCCAGGUCUCUCUGCAGCCUCACCCAGGUGAGCUGCGGGGAGAGUCUGAGCCACAACCCCGCGGGUUCGCACGCGAUGCGACGCGUUCAGAGACCGAGAGUACAGUCGGGACCGUGGAAACAGAUGGACUGAAGCGCGUCGCGUCUCCCUCGCCACCCCCGAGGGACAGGAUCACCGAAUACGAGAAUGCGCUGAAGUCUUCACCGCGAAAGUCUGCUGACGGACCCCUCUUCGAGAUCGUCAAGAGCAACAAGAAGCCCAGCGAUAAGAGCUCGCCCAUCGCGAACCUGCCUAAUGGUGUGUACAAAUGCCUCGAGAACGGGCGGAACGCGAAUGCACGAGUGGCAUUCGGUCGCUACUUCCCUGGCCCGCACUCACUCGAAGAUGCCGCCUUUCGUUCGGCCCUCGAGGGCAGUGGCUCGGUCGUGCGAUCAGAGAAGAGACGCUUCACCAGGCUCACUGCGCUGGCAUCGUGGAGAAGCGAGUACAUUCUACGCACGAGACUGCUGCGGUCUUUGGUCAGGGGCAAGCCUGUACAGGUACCUGCGACACCGUCCCGCGCAUCUCAGAUGCAGACCAUCACCCCGAUGAUUACCUACGAUGCAAAAACGUAUACUAUCAUCAACCACCUGCAGGCCACGUUCGGAUCCGGUCUGAAUAAGAAGAUGCCGCGCUUCAUCCAUGGUGCAGACGAUAUCGGCAUGGUAACCAGCAGCGAUCCGAUGACUGGCAAAGUGGAUCCUUGGGGACAGAGCGACCCUCACUUCUAUGGCCAAUUCUCAGAACGCUUUCCGGGUACCGCAGAGUGGGGUCUGGGCUCAGGAGAGAUCGUCGGGCGACCCAAUGUUAUGGACAUAUCGCAGCCAUAUGGCAUGAUCUAUGGCCAGGGCUGUCCCGAGGGCUCGUGUUAUUACCGCUCCCUUGAGGAGAUGCGUGGUCGAUUCAUAGCUGAGCCCACCGACUUCGCUAUGCCUGAAGUCGGUAUACCCAAGCUGGGUAUCGACGGUGGUGCUAUCUGCAGCGUCUGGAUCGCCAAGUCAAACACGAUCCCGACCCUUUCGGAUGGCUUGAUUGGCAUGAUGAUGGGAUCUGCAGCUGGCGUCGUCAGUGCCUGUAGCAUCGGUACAGAUGGUCUUCGCUCCUCCCGUGUACAGCGUGGGGAGCUGACUGCGCGCUGGGUUCUUAGCCCAGGAGUACCUAUCAUUGCCAUCGCCGUCGACGAACAAUACUCAACCAAGCGCUAUGCUCAGAACCGCAUUUGGGCGGUCGCUCUGAAUGCACUUGGCGAGAUCUUCUAUCUCACCAAAUUCCCAACUCGCAGCCAGGCCACGAAAGGCGACAUUGAGCACUACUCCGAGUAUCUGGGUUGGCUUACUGGCCGCACCGUCUACUGGAACUUGGUGGAGCCCAGCCGACGUACUGCGAGGCCUGAUCCGUACAGCGAUGCCGAUGUCGACGGUAGUUAUUCGCCGCGAACCUCAUGGGAUGGCAUGUGCUUGAGCAAGGAUCAGAUCAUCGCCGAAACAAGGGAAAUCCAAGAAUAUCUUCGCAAGCAGCCAAAACAUUUCCGAAAAGCAUGCCUUGGAUGGGAUAUGCGACGAACGCUCGAGGUUGACUUUGCCGGAGACGAUGGGAAUCAUGCUGGAGAAUCCGUAGUGGUCUUCGAAUGCGGGCUUGAAGAGGGAGACGUCGCCGAUGUUAAACGCUUCACCCGAUAUAAGAUUGACGAAAAGGACAAGAGUACGAACAUCUCAAGUCGCAUUUUCACGCCUCAGCCUGCGCAAGCUACAUCUUUAUUCGGCGGUCCUGGCGCGGAUCCUACAAAGCCUCUUCGUGGUCGCAGCUCUUCCUACAUCUCGUCCACAAGUUCACCAGAACGAGCCGCUCUGUUCGAAGAAUGGAGAUGCUCAAAGCUUACAUUCGGCGGGUUCAAGAGCACUCAGGUCACUACAACUGCUUUGGACGUCUCUACCUUCGCGACUUUGACCUUGUUUGAGGAUCCUGCGCUUGGUUUCUCGACUGCCUCGACUGCAUCCUCGCCUUACUCUUCUCCGAUGUCUGUUGCAAGCCAGCCGGCCUCUCCCUCUGACAUUCCUGGACAGCGCGCAAGGUUCCUCGCUGCUGGUACCAAGUCUGGCGUGGUGCUGGUUUGGGAUGUCCGGGCGCCUACUUCGCGCUCGUCGGAGUACACAAACAACAUUGAGCCUGUUCGUAUCAUCUACACCGACUCGCCAGAGAUAUCCUGCGUGGCUGUCACUUCACUUUAUCUCGUAGCAGGUGGAAACGACGGCUUGGUACAGGCAUGGGAUCCACUGGCUUCGAGCAUGUCGCCCAUAACAACGCUUCACUCCCGACAUGCGUCGCGUGCUCGUAGACAGCUUGUGCAGGCCCAAGCUUCCGUUCAAGGAGUCGGCAUCAACAUGUUUGCUGCUGGUGCCGUAUGCUUGGACCCUGAUCCGACCGUCUUGCGCGGUGCAGUCUCUCUUGGCAAUCAGCUUCGAUUCUGGAGUUACAGCUCAUCUGCAGCCGAUCAGUAUAGAAGCAGUAAACGCAGGCUGCGAAGAGCCGAGCGUGGAAGUAACAAUACCACAGAGCGCUUCGCCGGUACAGGCAGAGUCAACCUGAAGAACUACAUUGCCAACGAACAGUUCGAGUUGGAGCGUGAUAGACAAGAGCGUCACAAGCAGGCCGAGCAUUUGGCAGGCCGUUUUGGCACGGAGCUACUAAGCGAGGAGGAGGCUCUAGCAUACGCUGCAAUGCUUUCGCAAGAAGCUGCUGAGGCAGACGAACUACGCCGCAUCGAGCGCGAGAGCAGUGCCCUUAGGAGUGAGCCUGUAACGCCAGAGGCGAGCGUCCAGGGCCAACCUUCAUCGCCUGAUACCAAGGACGACGACGAACUGGAUGCCGACAUCGCCGAAGCCAUCCGUCUAUCUCUCAACGAUAGCUCCGGAGCUGGCAGCUAUGAACCCGCCUCCACGCCUCCUUCUGCGUUUGAGAUUCCGAUCAAGUACGCCAAGAGUAAAAAGUCUCCCUCAUCCCGCUCCCAAAAGAGCACGCCUAGGAAGGGCAAGGCCGCUGCUGGAUCAAGUAACGGAAGCGAAAUGUCAGAUCUGGAGUUUGCCAUGCAACUGAGUCUUGCUGAAGAGCAGAGUCGGAAGGAUGCUGAGGAUGCGUUUCCACCGCUCAGUCCAGCAGCUGGCAGUAAGGGUAAAGGGAGAAUGUGGUAG